CCACUACAGAACCUUCAAGCCCAUUUUAGGCCAAGGCCCAUGCUCGCGCAGAAAGAAAUAUAAGACCCUCGAGAUUUAGGGUUUCAGUUCAGAAACUCCGUGGAGCCAACUCUUCCUGAAUUCCUCGACGCAGCCGCAUUCUCACUCCUGCUCGCUGAGGUUCGUUUCAGUCUUCUUUCUCUGUCUAGAUUUAGGGUUCGGUUCCGCCAUUAAAGCUUUGCUGUGUUUUCAUUCCUGCUAUCUUAUUCUGUGUUGAUCGUUGUAGAGAUGGCCAAGUCGAAGAAUCACACCGCCCACAACCAGUCCUACAAGGCUCACAGGAACGGCAUCAAGAAGCCGAAGAGGCAUCGCCACACUUCAACCAAAGGGAUGGACCCGAAGUUUCUGAGGAACCAGAGGUACGCGAAGAAGCAUAACAACAAGAGCGCGGAGGAAGGCAGCGCGGAAGAGUAAACUUCAAUUUCCUUGGAAUGACUGGAGUUUUCAUUUUCGUUUAGUUGCUGAAUCCGUAGAGUUUGUACUGGAUUUAGUUUUACGUAUUUUGAUAGUUGGAUGAGUUGAAAAUGGUACUCUGAAUGGUGAAGUUUUCCUUUGAAAUACUAGUUGAUGUCAGACUCGGUUUAUUGAGCUUAAUGGGUUUUUGAAAGGCAUUCUAUCUGUUUCUGGUGUUGUUUUGCUGGAAUCUGGCAAUCGACAUUGAAAUUCCAUUGCUGCUUGUUUCUUAAUUGGAUUUUGCUGAGUAGUUCAUCGCUGUGAUUUUGUC